AUGUAUGAUUGUUUGAAUCGAUCAUUGAAUAUCAAAGACUACCCUGACUUUAGAUUUUGGCAGGGUGUCUCGUACAACAGUAGUGAUAACAGCUUUACAAGAAAUAAUGGUCCAUUCAAAGGGACACCAUCUCAAUUCUAUUAUAAUAAUAAUACUUCAAAUUUGACACCAUCAAAUAAUAUUCCAUAUGAUAUUUAUGCACCAUUGAUAGCAUUUAAUAUAACAGAUGCACCGGCGAUUGACAAUAUUACUAGUAUUAUACCUGGACAAGCAUCACAGGUUACGAUCAAUGGGAAUCAUUUUGGAAGAGACAGUUCAUAUGUUUUGAUUUCGAUUCAAGGAAGUCAAUGUAAAUCACCAAUGUUUAUUGAAAACAACUAUCAACAAAUUACUUGUUCAUUGGGUAGUGUUGAACCUUAUUCAACCGAUCUAAAUUAUACUGUUAAAAUUGGAGUUGGUGGAAUGCUUACAACCAAAGUUGUAUCUCUUGCUAAAGAGUGUCUUAACGAUUGCUCGGCACAUGGCAUUUGCAACCAAACAUUUGGGACAUGCAAAUGUGAUAGUGGUCAUGAACCCCUAUUGGAUUGUUCAUCAUUGGAUAAUCGUAGUCAACUCCUAAACACAACCAUUUGGGAUAACGGAGCGUCACUACUAUCAACCGAUCAAACUAUCACUGGUGUGAUUGUCAAUUUCACAACUGGUAUACAAUUCAUUCGUGAUAUUAAUCAAGACAAAUCAAUAAUUAAAACAUUAUCGAUAGAUAAUCUCGCUUGGACGCAAGAAGAGGAGAAGACAUCUUCCGGUGAAUCAGUAUUUAAUGCAAGAAUGUUCAAUCAACGCACACAAUUACAAGUCACAGUUGGUCAAUUCCAAGACACCAACACCACUUCAUUUCUUGGUGAAGAUAUUCAAGUAUCACCAAAUUCAGUCAAAUAUCGAAUCAAAAUCAUUAAUUGGGUAUGGUCAUCACCAAUCAACACACUGCAGGUGAUAUUCCAUACACAAUCAGAUUCAGUAGAAUUUGACAAGUGUGGUAAGCUAAAAGUCAGAAGUGAUAUAUCUCGUGGUGAUCAGAUUAUAUGGACCAGAGUUCAAGUUGGAAGAACACUUUUAAACUGUAAGAUAGCAAGUAGAAUGGUUAUCGACAACUCGACAAUCAUUCCAUCCAAAGUAACACUUCUCACCAACGAUGAUCCAGUCUCUCAACAAAUCUGGAAAAGUCGAAAAUUCAACCUUUUAACCACGUUCCACAUACCCAGAUUCUCUCAUUCGGUUGAACUCGACCCCGUCUUCAACGCACUCAUUCUUGGCGACGACUCCAACUUGCCAUAUGAGUGCACUGAAGAGACUACUGAACAAUGGACAUUUAUCAUAGUCGCUGUUGUCUUAUCGGCUGCACUACUCUCUAUCAUAGUAGUAGUGUUAGUCAUUACCACCAAAUAG